ACCUCAGCCCACAACUUCUAUCUCCUUUUCAUGGAUACCCAAUUUCUAUCUUUCUCACAAUAAGAAUCUCCCUCUCUUUCUAAUCAUGGACCAUUCAUUCUCUCUCAAAUUAUAUUUGUCCUCAUCUUGACGAAUAAUAAAUAUGCACCAAGAUUCUUUUUCAUUCAAUCUUCAAAAUUUCAAACUCACAAACCAAAAUCUUUAAAGAAUUGAAAAUGAUUUUAGUUGUUUGAUUUACAGCAUUUUUUUUGCUUCCCCUUCUCCAAGAAUAAACAAGAUUUGCUCUUAGGAAGUGUAAUUACGUAAAUUGUGCUAUAUUCCUCACAAUUAACUUCUCUUACGAUGAAUCAGUGUGUACCUAGCUGGGAUCUUGAUGAGAAUCCCACCCCUCAAAGGUUGGAUUAUGAAGUUGCAGAGCUGACAUGGGAAAAUGGGCAGCUAGCCAUGCAUGGAUUAGGCCCUCCUCGGGUGCCGAACAAACCGGUGGCUGCAUCGGCCGGUCCGACUAAAUACACGUGGGAUAAGCUACAAGCCGGUGGGACGCUCGAAUCAAUAGUUGACCAAGCUACGCGCCACCUUACAGACGGAAAAGCCGCCUUGAACGGUGGCAGAGAUGAGCUGGCACCUUGGUUUGAUCACCACUGCAAUAGGGUCAACCCUGAAGCCUCUGCCUCUGCCCCUGCCCCCGCCACCAUGACUAUGGAUGCUUUGGUGCCAUGCACCAAUAUCAGCAGCCAAGAACCCUCCGCGCACCCGCUGGAACCCAAUGGGAAGCGCGUGGAGGGAUGUUCCACUCCUGUGGGGUCCUGCAGUGGCGCCAACCCUGCUGUGUUGGCACGUGUGGUUAGGGAGAGCGCACGUGACUGGAGUAGCAAAGCGGAUCAGAGUUUGAGUCUGAGCGGGAGAGACAGCCGACAAGUGACAAUUGACACGUGCGACCUAGAAUUGGGUUCGCCGGAAAACAUCAGCUCCGCCAAAGAUUGGGCCAAGACCGGCGAGGACUACGACUCUGUUUGUCACAGUAGAUCGGAGAGGGAGACUAGCAAUGGGGAGGAUAAGAAGAAAGGAACAAGAAAAUCCUCAAUUUCAACGAAAAGGAGUAGAGCUGCUGCUAUUCAUAACCAGUCUGAACGUAAAAGAAGAGACAAGAUUAAUCAGAAGAUGAAGACAUUGCAGAAGUUGGUCCCAAAUUCCAGCAAGACUGAUAAAGCCUCAAUGCUGGAUGAAGUAAUAGAGUAUCUCAAACAGCUGCAAGCACAAGUUCAGAUGAUCAAUAGAAUGAAUAACAUGUCAUCUCUGAUGAUGCCGUUGGCUAUGCAACAACAGCUUCAAAUGUCAUCGAUGAUGAAUCCCAUGGUUGGAAUAGGAAUGGCGCCCAUGACCGGGAUGGGAACUGGACUAAUGGAUUUAAACACAAUUGGUCGUGCCGCAAUUCUCCCCUUCCUUCAUCCAGGGACAGCACCAACCUUUAUGCCGCCCAUUGCCUCAUGGGAUAUUAAUCAAGGGGAUCGUUUGCCAACUCCAGCUUCUGUGAUGCCUACAGACCCCCUAUCUGCAUUCCUUGCUUGCCAGUCACAGCCAAUGAGCAUGGAAGCUUAUAGCAGGAUGGCAGCAUUGUAUCAGCAAUUCCAACGACCCCCUGCUUCUGGUUCAAAAAUUUAACUAUCAAAUAACAAUCUAUUGCUCAAAUAUGAUGCAAAUGAUGUGAUCUUGGAGAAGAAAAAAAUGAAAGUUAAUAUUGAUUGGUCGCGAUUCAUGGGAUUAAAUAAGAGGGAUGUGUGAUAAAUGUUGUAAGUGAUUAUGUAUGGUUUGUUUAAUUGAACAUAUAAAAAAAGUAAUUUCUUCUUAUUUGCUUUCCUUGUUAUGGAAUAGCCAUGCUUGAAUUCAUUCUCCUUCUAAGAUAGGAAAGGAGAGUUGCUUAAUUAAUUAUAAGGGAUAAGACUUUUAAAUUGA